UCGAGCCCGAAGCCAAGUCGGGUGCGCUUUUCAGUAGCCUACUUCAUACCACACAAAGGGCAAGUCAGUUUAAUAAGGUAGCAGGUAAUCUGUGGAGAAAGGAGUCCGUGGACAUGGAAAAUCAAGGGAACACGUGCAUCAAUCAGCUUGGCGGGGUUUUUCUAAAUGGAAGACCUCUACCCACUUGUCAGAGGAGAAAAAUAGUCGAGCUGGCUUUGGAGGGCGCGAGGCCGUGUGAAAUUUCCCGGAUUUUACAGGUCUCGAAUGGUUGUGUCAGCAAAAUACUGGGCAGGUACCAAAGGACAGGUCUCUUUUGCCCAAAGGCGAUUGGAGGGAGUAAACCCCGCCUCCUCACGCCUGAAGUGAUCGCUAAAAUCAGCCGGUACAAGUGCGAAAGGCCGACAAUUUUUGCCUGGGAAAUCCAGACAAAGCUUUUAGCUGAAAGAGUCUGCAAACCGGACACAGUACCCAGCGUGUCAUCUGUUAACAGAAUAUUAAGGAGUCUUCAGCAGGAUCUGGGCCUUUUUGAAAUGGAAAACUGUGUAGCUCAUCCAGGACCUGCAGAAUACACCAUGCAAAGGCAGGAUAACUUGACCAAUGAGUGGACGUCAGCGGGAAAUGGUGGUCAGUCCAGAAAAACUGACCGCAGUCGAAACCGCACUAUAUUUACCAAAGAACAAUGUGGAGUGUUAGAAAAAGAAUUCCUGCAGUGUCACUACCCAGACGCUUUCACCCGGCAGAAACUAGCAGCGGAGUGCAACCUUCCGGAAGCGACAAUAAAGGUCUGGUUUUCAAACAGAAGGGCAAAAUGGCAGAGGAAAGAGAAACACAGUCGCACCCACACGGAGAAACCCAAGCCUGGCAUCUCAUCAGCACUGGGGGGCUGCCUUCUGGGUCACGAGGAAUGA